AUGGGUUAUGAUAGCCUACAGAAGGUCCUGUACAGGUUCCAGACACCCCAAAUCUCGCUUAAUCAUCACAACAACCCCACUGAAAGUAAGGUGGGGUGGAGUGGCAGAAAGAACAGGGGACACGGGACAGAAGCCCCGGUUCAGAUCCCGGCGUGUCACCUCGGGUGCCCCAACCUGGCAUCCGUCACGCUGUCGGGCUGCGGCCACGUCACCGACGACUGCCUGGCGCGUCUCCUGCGCUCCUGCCCGCGCCUGCGCGCGCUGCGCCUGGAGAACUGCGCGCGCGUCACCAACCGCACGCUGACGGCCGUGGCGGCGCACGGGCGGGCGCUGCAGACGCUGCACGUGGACUUCUGCCGCAACGUGAGCGCGGCCGGCCUGCGCUGUCUGCGCGCCGCGUGCCCGCGCCUGACGCUGCGCGCCGAGCACAGCGCGGCCAUGAUCCCCGAUCAGCCCCCACGCGGCCUGCGUUCGCCUGGCGCUGCCCUCCGCAAGCAGCUUCUGCGCUAGGCCAGCCGGGCCGUGGCUGGGACACCGGCCCUGGGCCUCCGGGCGGGAGGAGUGGCGUGCACUGAAUAACAGCCCCUAGACAGCCGCCACAUCCUCAGCCAAGAUGGGGAUACGAGCGCCUCCCCCACAUUACGAUUUUAUACAUUGGCUGAGUGCAAGAUUUGAUGGCCAGAUGCUUGGCAAACACUCGGGUGUUUCUCACUAAACACAGCACCCUUCCCUGUCUCCCCUAAGCACCCGGUUCUCCGCCUGGCGCUGCGCGGGAGCCCUUAGCCCAUACUCCCCGGCUGAGGUUGCAGUUGGUGAGGGGGGUGGUCUAAAUAACAGCCAUGGGGAGGCGUGGCCGCUCGGAGCUACCCGGGGGCGCGUCUCCGUGCUGCACCAGCGGGAGGAGGGGAGGCACCCCGGGCGCAGGGCGCUAGAGAGCCAUCGAACGGGUUAUCUAGAGGCUUUGCUCCGCGCCCACUCCAGCCCGCUAGCCUUUCAUCUGGCAGAUGCAUUCCUAGCAGUGACUGCAAACGCGAUUCUAGAAAAUUCACUUGUUGCUGUGAUUCUUUCAUAAACGAUGGUUAUCCUUAUUUUCUACCGUUCUCCCAUCAUAAAGGGAAACAAUCAUUGGAAAAACCCAAAGUAAAGACAUAAAAACAAAAGCAGCAGACCUGGUUAAAUCCUUGGUUAACGAAGCCAUUAAAAGGCAAUGCAAAGUUAAAUUUUUACCUGCUAUAUUUGCUGAACGUGGGCGCACGCCUGGAGUUCAACUUCAGGGCUUUAGUCACCGGUGCCCCAUCUUUAGCCACCAAAGGAAGGGCUCCCAGCCAUCCUGCAGCCUCCUGGUUCUAGGUACACGGGGAAAACUUUGGGUAAGUGGGGAAAGGAGGGAGAAUGGUGGAGUGGUGGGUGAUAGUCACACCCUGACUCCUCCCAUCACCAGCUGAGAUCAAGGCCCUUUAACCACCUGAGGCCAGGUGUUUCUUCUUUGUGAAAGGGGCUCUUGAUGCCUACUCCCGUUGAUGGGCUGCACGCCACAGGCCUACAAGGCCUGCACUUGUCCAGCUUUAAGACUGAAGAAAGAGCCCAGAGUCAGCAGCAGAGACGUCAAUGGUUUAAUGGAUGGAGGGAUCUUACAUGUCUGAAGCAAGGUCCUGGAGUGACGCCCCACUGUGUGCAGCUGAUGGUGGGCAGGACAUGGUGGCAGUCUGUGCUUGGUUGGGGGGGAGGGGAGAUUACCAGUUAUAGGGGAAUUGAUGUCAGGUGAGCUCAUUAGUUACAAGGGAAACCAAUGGAAUGGCAUUGCCCCUCACAACCCCUUUGAUAAGAACAGCCUCAGCUGGGGCCUGGGACAAGAACAAAGGAAGAUCAGUCGUGUGUAAGGUUUAGGUGAAACAGGCACUGGUCAGGCAGGGGAUGUACAGAGAGCAAGAGAACAGCCAUCUUGAGAGGCCUGACCAUACACAUGGGUUCCUUAAUUCGUUGCCCCAAUAUCGGGAAACAGCAAGGAAAAAAAGACAUUCUCAUGGAGCUUAUGUUUUAGUGGGGGAAGAGACAGUAAGUAAUUGGUGUAUAAGAAGAUAAGUACUGGGCUUCCCUGGUGGUGCAGUGGUUGAGAGUCCGCCUGCCGAUGCAGGGGAUACGGGUUCGUGCCCAGGUCUGGGAGGAUCCCACAUGCCGCAGAGCGGCUGGGCCCGUGAGCCAUGGCCGCUGAGCCUGCGCGUCCGGAGCCUGUGCUCUGCAAUGGGAGAGGCCACAGCAGUGAGAGGCCCGCGUACCGCAAAAAAAAAAAAAAAAAAGAAAAGUACUGGGGAAGAGGGAAAAUACAGGGUAAGAGGAUAUUUGGGAAUUGCUGGAAAGGAAAAAGCAACUUAAAAGAGGUCAACCAAUGUAAGCCCCAUUGAGAAGUAGUCAUUUGAGAAAGGAAGUGGGGGAGAGAACGGUGUAGCGUCUGGAGGAAAAUAUUCCAGACAAGAGGGAACAGCCUCCAGCGCAAAGGCCCCAGACUAGGAGCAUGGCUGGUGUGUUACGGCUGGAACAGAGUGAGUGAGAAGGAAAGGUAAGCAAGAGAGGUGAUGAGAAAAAUAAGGGAUAAGAGGGGCCUCACCCAGGCCUCAGAGGUUAUUAUGAGGAUGAAACGGGAGCUGGAGAUCCCCCAUUCAGGCCACCUCCAGCAGGUGCCAGGGCCCCAAGAAGAUGAUGGUGAAGGCCCAGAGGGGCUGAAAUUUCUCUAGGCAGAGCCUGUGGACAGGCAAACAGCACCCUACCUCGCCCAAACCCCUCCAGGGACUGCCGAAGGCCUCAGUUGCUGCCCCUGGGCCCGUGGUUAGACCAUCCCUUAGCCCAGAAACCGGUAACCGCACUGACCCUGGACCGGCAUAAUCCUUCCUCAUCCCUGUGUGGGGAAAGCCAGCCCUGCCAGACCACCAGCUGCAGUGGAACGUGAGGGCCUACUACUAGCCUGUGAGACCCAGGCGUCCUCUGGGUGAUUUUCUAGUUUACCCACCCUUGCUCUGAACUCUGGAGAGAGGCUUUGCAGGAAAUUAAUUUUUCAGCCACUACUGCAAACAUUGUUGAAAGAAAGCUCAGGCUUCCAGGGACUUAAAUGUUUGUUUAAAACAGAGCCACUUAAACCCCAUGGCUUUGCUUUCAUCAUCUCUGAUAAGCCCCAAUUCCCAGAGGUCUUGUUUGCCCUAAGUUGGUGGUUUAGUCUGGGGAAAAACAGGACCCUGGUUUCUAGCUCUCCUCUGACCAAGGGCAGGUCAGCCCUCUUCAAACCUCAGCUUUCUUACCUAUAUAAUGGGAUAGCUAGAGAAUCUUGCUUGCAAAGUUCUCUUAAGGGUUAUGAGACUCUGUUUGUAAAGCAAACAAAGGUUACUGUAUUUUCAGCUGGAAAGCGGGUAACCUACAUUCCCCUGAGGUUCCUUUUCCCACAGAAGCUCUUUUAUAAAUGAGGGGUAAGUUCCCCUUGAUGCCUAGUAAACCCUCACAUACCAAGACUAGUGAUCACAGAAUGAAAGCUGUGCUGACAGUUGUGUCCAGCGUUGUUUCUAGGGCUCCAAUUAGGUCCUGCCCCCUGCACAGGACCUUUGGGUCCCUGAGCCCCAGGCCCAUCUGAGGUACUCCUGGAAGGCAGGCACUACUCUCCACCCUGCCUUCUAACAGUCCCUGUUCAUUCACAUCACCAGGCACUGAGCAAAGGCACUGGACAGAACACAGUGCCCUGCUUAAUCUAAAAACAGCUUUCAAGGUCUUCUCUCAGAUUUGCAUAGAACAAGGGGCACUGCAUGCUUAUCCACCAACUCAUUCAUCUCACAAACAUUUACUGGGUAUUGGGC